AUGGAAGAGCGCGAAUACCAGCUGCCCGCAUGUCAGAAGUGCAAACUGCGCAAAGUCAAAUGCGACAGACAAGCACCCAAAUGCACAAACUGUAGAAAAGGGAAUGCCGCCUGCAUCAUCGUCGAUGCUAUCACUGGCGAACAGUAUGCACGUGACUACAUUCGGCAGCUGGAAGAGAAGGAACUCAACCUGCAGCGUAGGCUGGGCGAUCUUGACGACACAGGCGUUGCGACACCAGCCUCCACCGAAAGAUCGGACGUUGCCAAUCGGACACCAACAGGCCCUGAGACGGUAACGAGCUCAGAUACCCAGAGCGGGUUUGUUGGCGACGGCAGCGGCCUGGGCUUCUUGCAGAAUAUCCUUUCUGAUACCAAGUGGCAACACCAUCGCGCACAAAUCCUCGAGCAACUUGCGAAGCGCCCUCGUAUUGCUACGCAUCGACCUGUCGCUCGAGCACUACCACCACUGGCGCAGGCACGACAAUUGUUUGACAACUACUUCAAUCGGUUUCACGUCCACCAUACUUUUCUCCUUCGUAGCGAGAUGCUAGACGUAUUCAGCAGGGUCUACUCCCUCUCGCCAACACCAGAGAGACCCUCGGCCCAGGACUACUUUCGCCUCUUUAUGGUAUUCGCGAUCAGCGAUACGACCAGGCAUCGCGAGUGUCAGGCUGAUGGCGGAAGUGCCGAGCAUCCGUACGGGUAUUAUCUUGCGGCUGAACAUUAUCUUGCGAGCAUACCGUUGAUCAAAGACGCGGAAGCUAUCCAGAACCUAUUACUGAUAGCGAGAUUCGGCAUGUACCAUCACAUUGGAGCAUCGAUAUGGGAAAUAUCCCGCUUGUGUAUGCGGCAGUGCAUUGAAUGGGGUCUUCAUUCGAAGGCACAGGACGGCUUGAGCCCAUUGAAAGAACAACACCAGCGCAGGAUAUUCUGGGAGUGCUACGUCCACGACCGUUACAGCUCGGGCAUAUUAGGUCGCCCUUUCGCUCUUCUCGAGUCGGAGAUAAGCAUGCCACUACCGAUUGAUGCUGACGACGAAACAAUCGUAACGUCUGGUGCUAAUGUACUUGAAGAUGUUCCUUCCGCCACGAACGUUAGCCCAAGCGAGCUGUCAGUCAACCUGUUUUGCAUCAAGCUGCGACAGCUAAGCUCUCGGGUGCACACUGCCUUUUAUACUGGUCGAAAGCCCGCCUCAUAUAAUAGCGAAGACAGCACUCAGACCUCCAGGUUUCAAUCGAUAGGCCACAUAUAUUCGUCAUUCAUACAAUCCGACAAAGAGCUCCGCGCCUUGCGGUCGUCAGUACCAGUCUUCGUAGACCCCAAAUGUCUAUACGAGCGGUCUGAAUGGCAUGACUUUAUGUACGAGAAGGACCGUCUCCUGCUUGCCCGUGGCGCCAUGCACAACCUACCAGCACGGCAGUUCUCCGGAACGUCCAUUGUAAGGGAGAUACUGAAAGUGUGCUAUCAAUCAGCGAUACAUACGAUACAACUGUAUGCAGACCUUCGACGCAGAAACGCUAUCACUUGGACACGCAGCUACUUUCAGAUGAUCUUUACCGCAGGUCUUACUGUCAUCUAUUGCAUUAUCUUGGGUGUUUUGAGCGACAAUGACGAGCUCUCCGUCACUAACACUGAAACUCUGCCAACACUCGACACUUGCAGCUCAUUGUUAAACUACUUCAAGGACAAAAUGCCAGACGCAGGUUCUUUCGCCACUGUCUUCAGCGUCAUACUGGAAGAGUUCGUCAAAGAUCGUUUUACAUCUGCGUUACAGAUCACUUACAAUCGGAUGGCCAGCAGCACGAACGGGCAAACCUGGAUCACUUCAUACUUGGGGACUUUCCUGACCUUCCAAAUCACCAAGAUUCGCAAGACUUCGGCAUGGGUCUAA